GCAACGCGCCUUCCGCAGUCUUGCGACUCGCCCGCUCCCAUGUUAGUCCAAGUUGACGCAGAAACCAAAGGGACUUAGCUACAGCUAGCAACCCCAUUUGACGCGGCCAGCGUCCGGUUGGCGCCGGCUUUUGACAGCAGGGGAACUUCAGGCGCGAGGAGCAAUGCCGCGAUGGCGUUUGAGGAGGACGUCUGAGGACGACGCUCUGAGUGUCUCGUCAUGCGACGAGUUAGAAGAUGUAGACAUCGUGGUUGGGCCGAAUCCGUCCCAGGCAGUCCGGACCGUCCUAAAGCAACAAUUCCAAGAGUUCGCUCAAGGCCAGCAGGCGCCAGUGAACAGUCCUCUUCACCAGAGGUGCAUGCAAGGCCCCUUGAGCAGCCGCAAGCAAGUUGCUUUGAGCGACUGUUUGAUCCUGCACCGGAUGUCGGGCGGACGACAAACUAGGUCCUUCGGCACCUCGCUCCAUCUCGGGGCGAACUGCACCAUCUUGUGCCAGGUUUGCUCAUUCUCUGGUACCCUGCGGGCCUGCAAGAAAUCUUGGCUCUGCGACUUCUGUCAUGCGCUGUCCUCACAGUGCAGAAAUCGGAGGAAAGGGUCGGGAGCCUGGCAAGUGUCCCAGCUCUCUUCGGAGCGCAUCCUUGAGCUUUAUGAGGAGCUGAAAGUGGCGACCCAGGAAGCAUCUCAAAGCCAUGCGCAGGCCACCGCCUUGCCGCCGCACCCACGCACUAUCCCAGAGCCUGCGCGCAGUCGAAGGACCUGGCGGGCUGAGUUGCGGUCGAGUGCCCAGAGCCAAUCCUGGGAGCCUCAGGAGUACGACGACGUGUCCGGGACCCACAUGGAGUCCGGGCAAAGAUUGAUGGCGUACGGCUACGCACUGCCGCAGGCGAUCCGACUGCGGAGCGGACCAGUGCAGGCAAUGAGCCUGCCAGCAGCAGCAGCAGCAGCAGCAGCAGCACCUGCAGCAGCAGCAGCAGCAGCAGCAGCAGCACCUGCAGCAGCAGCAGCAGCAGCAGCAGCAGCAGCAGCAGCUUAUGAUGCAAAUGCAGUGGCAGGAGCAGCACAAUCAGCCGCUUAGGCCUGUUGCUGUGCAAGUCCUCCCAAACCAGAUGAAUUAUUCUGCCGGGCAGCAGAUGACAACAUAUGGGUGUGGGGCAGGCGUGCCGGAGCCUGGUGUUGCCGUGAGGCAUCCGGCGGAGGCAAGGUAUGAGCCAAGUGACACGUCGAGCUAUUUGUUUCACCUCUGAAGUUGCAAGAUGCAUAUUUGAGCUCUUUGGUGAAGCCUGAGAUAUUACGUGCGGUCAAGAGCAGGGCAACAGCACAGCCCUUGCAAUGGCCUGCCUCUUUUCAAGUGCCUUGACCCGCGUUAGGCACACCAAGCGGCACUUCCAAAUACGGGGUGUGCUGGCGGCUCACAUCACCCGUUCGAGGCGAUGGUGGUCGAUCUCGCUCCCUCUCCCUGUAGCAGACACAGAGGAGCAGAUUCGGCAGUACUGCUGAGCUGUUCCUUCUCCGCGUAAACACUUGAUUCGGUCAGCUGCCCGAUUCGCUGGCUGAGGAUUGCUUGCCGGCGGGCAUCGUUGUCGUGCCAGGGUAUGCUCAAG